UCUUGUAGUAGAGGUGGUAUCCGUUUUGAUUUUGUCGCUUGCUAUUUACUCUGGUGUUCAGCAUCGCGAGGCAGAGAUGUCCCAUCAAACUGGAAUACAAGGAAGUGCUGAAUUAAAAGAAUUUUUCAGCAAGUGUAAAGAUGGUACAAUUCGAGCCUUUAAAGUUGCUAUCAAAGAUGAAGAGUUAGUUCUGGAGAAAAGCUGUGAAAGUAAAGGAACAUGGGAACAAGAUUAUGACAAACUGGUUUUGCCUCUAUUGGAACAUCAGCAACCUUGUUAUGUAUUUUAUCGUUUAGAUAGUCAAAAUGAAUCUGGUUACGAGUGGUUGUUUAUCAGUUGGUCUCCUGAUAAUUCAGUGGUAAGGCAGAAAAUGUUGUAUGCGUCAACGAAAGCAACACUUAAAAAAGAAUUCGGAGGUGGUCAGAUUAAGGAUGAACUCUUUGGAACACAACGGGAAGAUGUUAAUUUGAAAGGCUAUAAAAAGCAUGUAGAAAGUGAAAAAGCUCCUCAGCCUUUUAGUUCAUCAGAAGUCAUUUUGCAACAAAUAAAAAAGGAUGAAGCUGCAGGAGGUAUUGAUGCCAAGCAUCAAACAAUGCAAGGCGUGUCCUUCCCCGUGUCGGAUGAUCUCAUUAAUGCUUUUUGCGAUUUAAAAGACUAUCGUAUAACUUAUGUACAAAUGAGUAUUGAUAUGGAAAAAGAAGAGAUCAAUCUAGAAGAAAGAUUAAAUAUUGAUGCCAAUUCUCUGCCUGAGAAGAUCCCAUCUGAUCAUGCCAGAUAUCAUUUAUUUUGUCUACCUCACUCAUACGAAGGAGAUCAAUUAAACAGUAUUGUUUUUAUUUAUUCUGUUCCUGGUUACAAUUGUUCUGUCAAGGAAAGAAUGCUUUAUUCGAGUUGUAAGGCUCCUCUUCUAAAUGUGAUAGAGAACAGAAUAGGUAUAGAGCUUGCCAAAAAGAUUGAAAUAGAUGACGCACAAGAACUUACUGAAGAAUUUUUAUUAGAUCAGAUCCAUCCAAAGCAGAAUAUUUUUAAGCAAAAGUUUUCAAAGCCCAAAGGCCCAGCUAAUCGUGGAGCUAGACGUUUGCUGAAAACGCAGAAUGAUGAAAAUUGAAGGGGAUGGUAGUUGAACUACUAGAUAACUUUGAUUUCAUGAAUACUCUUCAAAAUACUCUUUUAUAAAUUUUUAUUUAUACUCAAUGCGAUUUUUAUGAAGACAUGUAAAAUUGUUUUGUAAUUUUUCAUGAUUAAAGACAGUAUUGUUUCCGAUUAAUAAUCUUUGACUCUUUAAAAAAAUACUGUAUUGAAUUGAUUGAAAAUUGUUUUGUU